CGACUUUUCACGUUUUGGUGUAUGAAAUAGCUGGUGUGCGAGAAUAAGGAUCGUUUGGUGAUGCUUAAGAAGCUUUGACGGUUGUCUCAAACCUUGAGAAUAACAGCGGACUUCACAGUUUUAAGUAAGCUGAUCAAAGUGCUUCUGAAAAAGUUUGAAAUAUAAUUAUUUAACCUCGCUGAUUUUUUAAAGGAAAAAAGCCAAAAAUGGGGGGUCUUUUGAGUUUCUUUUGGUCUGGAGAAAGUCCAGAUAUCGACAUUCCGGACGAGGGAUCAGGUUUAACCCCCAGAGAGAAACAAAACAUCCGGAAAACGUGGGCCAUCGUACAAAAAAAUGUAAAGGAAAAUGGUGUUGAACUUUUUAUCAGGUUCUUUGAUGCUCAUCCUGAUUAUAUCAAGUUAUUUAAACCGCUGGCCAAUAUUCCCAGGGAUCAGCUGCGUAGCUCCAAGCGACUAGAGGCACACGCUCUAUCUGUGAUGUACGCUAUAACCUCAUUGGUGGACAGUCUGGAUGACGUAGAAUGUUUGAAGGAGCUGCUUUUGAAAACUGCGCAUAAUCAUGCUCACCGUGGAGUACAGGGUGAACAAUUUGACCAUCUAACCAUUAUUAUUCUGAAGUUUUUAAGAGAUGGCCUUGGAAGCUCCUUCACGCCCCCUGUUGGCGAAGCCUGGGAGAAGGCCUUUAAUGUCAUGAAUGAGAUAAUCAAGCAAGGCUUGAAAGAGCAUGCAGUCGAGAAAUAAAAUCUACCAGGACGACAUUUAUAUUACUGUCAUAAGGAAGGGCAUUAUAGCCAUUUCAUUGUUCGGGUAAUGUCGUAACCAUAGGCAAUGUAACACUUUUCCUGCCAUAGACACCCGAGUCUUAGUAACAGUGCUUAUGAUCAACGUAAAGAAAUACACGAUCCUUCUAGAAUGUCAUGAUCAUGCAGGAAAUAGAAAGAUAUUGUUAAGUUUAAACUCUUGAAAACUAACUUUUCUACCAGAAAUUCAUAUUUUUGAUUAGGUGUUUGUUAUCUGACUUUUAAUUUUAUUUUAUUUUUCUCAAAUGUAAGUUUUGGAGAAAUAAAUGUCACGAUUUAUAUUUCGA